CUACCUAGACAUGGCCACGUUAACAAUGAAGUUUUUAAUGCUUGUCUUCCUUCUAUCACCAGCCAUCAAUGGUGUUGUUGAAGCUAGAGCUGGUUCUGACUGGUUUACUUAUCUUCCUAAGGGGGCUCCAAUCCCUCCAUCUGGUCCAUCUCGUCCACCAGCUCGUGAAGGGUUCCAUUAUCUACCGAAAGGAGCUCCAAUCCCUCCAUCUGGUCCAUCCGAUCCACCGGCUUAUGAAGGGUUCCAUUAUCUUCCCAAAGGAUCUCCAAUCCCUCCAUCUGGUCCAUCUCGUCCACCAGCUCAUGAAGGGUUCCAUUAUCUUCCCAAAGGAUCUCCAAUCCCUCCAUCUGGUCCAUCUCGUCCACCAGCUCGUGAAGGGUUCCAUUAUCUACCAAAAGGAGCUCCAAUCCCUCCAGCUGGUCCAUUCGAUCCACCGGCUCAUGAAGGGUUCCAUUAUCUUCCCAAAGGAUCUCCAAUCCCUCCAUCUGGUCCAUCUCGUCCACCAGCUCGUGAAGGGUUCCAUUAUCUUCCCAAAGGAUCUCCAAUCCCUCCAUCUGGUCCAUCUCGUCCACCAGCUCGUGAAGGGUUCCAUUAUCUACCGAAAGGAGCUCCAAUCCCUCCAUCUGGUCCAUCUGAUCUACCGGCUCAUGAAGGGUUCCAUUAUCUUCCCAAAGGAUCUCCAAUCCCUCCAUCUGGUCCAUCUCGUCCACCAGCCCGUGAAGGGUUCCAUUAUCUUCCCAAAGGAUCUCCAAUCCCUCCAUCUGGUCCAUCUCGUCCACCGGCUCAUGAAGGGUUCCAUUAUCUUCCCAAAGGAUCUCCAAUCCCUCCAUCUGGUCCAUCUCGUCCACCAGCCCGUGAAGGGUUCCAUUAUCUACCGAAAGGAGCUCCAAUCCCUCCAUCUGGUCCAUCCGAUCCACCGGCUCAUGAAGGGUUCCAUUAUCUUCCCAAAGGAUCUCCAAUUCCUCCAUCUGGUCCAUCUCGUCCAUCAGCUCGUGAAGGGUUCCAUUAUCUCCCUAAAGGAGCUCCAAUCCCUCCAUCUGGUCCAUCCGAUCCACCGGCUCAUGAAGGGUUCCAUUAUCUUCCCAAAGGAUCUCCAAUCCCUCCAUCUGGUCCAUCUCGUCCACCAGCCCGUGAAGGGUUCCAUUAUCUUCCCAAAGGAUCUCCAAUCCCUCCAUCUGGUCCAUCUCGUCCACCAGCUCGUGAAGGGUUCCAUUAUCUCCCUAAAGGAGCUCCAAUCCCUCCAUCUGGUCCAUCCGAUCCACCGGCUCAUGAAGGGUUCCAUUAUCUUCCCAAAGGAUCUCCAAUCCCUCCAUCUGGUCCAUCUCGUCCACCAGCUCGUGAAGGGUUCCAUUAUCUCCCUAAAGGAGCUCCAAUCCCUCCAUAUGGUCCAUCAGAUCCACCGGCUCAUGAAUGAUGGAUUUCAGUAUCGUCGUAUCAGAAACAUGCUUCCAUCUUCUAAUUGUUGAGCACUUGAAUAAUACUUAGUUUGAAUGUUUAAAUUGCUUGUGUGGAUGUAAAGUCCUACAAGCAACACUUGAUUAGUUCAUGGAUGGUGAGGAUGUUUUAAUAUUGAAUUGAAUAUACAUGUUAAUCUGUC